CGACUCUCUCUGCUUUUUUCUAUUCUCUGCCUCCAUAACCAAAUUACUUGGUACAACAAAAAGUUUCCUCUUUUUGUUUUCGAUGACCCCUUUCCUUUCCCUCCAGUACCCGGCCUCUCCCUCCGCCCCCUUCUCCACUUCACCCCCAUCUCCUCCUUUCUUUUCUCGCCUUACUAAAUCCCCUUUCCGCCGUUUUCCUCAGACGAAAUCCUCCCUUUCCAAAAACUCUUUCAGCUUAACUUCACAGCAACUUGGUCCCCAAGGCCUUCAAAACCAGCAGCCUCCCAGAACUCUAUUCCCCGGCGGCUACAAGCGUCCAGAGAUUAAGGUCCCGAAUUUCGUUCUGCAGUUGGACCCCGAUGAGGUCUUGGCUGACGAUAAUGCACUGGCUUUCAUUGACAAGGCUGUCUCGAAAUGGGUUGGUCUUGUAGUGCUCAAUGGUGAUAAAGGAAGCGGUGGCACGGUUUAUGAAGCUGCCCGUUCGGUAAAAGCGGUUGUUAAAGACCGCGCUUAUCUUUUGAUCACGGAGCGCGUUGACAUUGCCGCCGCCGUUGGUGCUAGUGGCGUGGUCCUCUCCGAUCAAGGCCUCCCUGCCAUUGUGGCAAGAAACACAAUGAUGGAAUCGAAAUCGGAUUCUAUCUUUCUACCUGUGGUUGCUAGGACCGUGCAAUCUUCAGAUGCUGCUUUAAAUGCUUCAAGUUCUGAAGGUGCUGAUUUUCUUAUAUAUGAUGUGGGUCAAGAAGAGCAUGCUGAUAUGACGAUGAAGUCUGUUUAUGAGAAUGUGAAGAUACCGAUAUUUAUAGUUAAUAAUAAUUCGCAAGCAGAGGUUCCAUCAUAUGCCGAGUUGUCGAACAUUCUCAAAUCAGGUGCUAGUGGUGUAGUUUUGUCAUUGGAAGAUUUGAGGUUGUUUACUGAUGAUGUUCUGGGCCAGCUUUUUAACAUUGUCUAUACAACAAAUUACAAACCUCAGGAUGAGAGCUUCAAUGAACUGAAAAUGGCGUACAUCGUUCACGACUCUCACCAGGAAACGGGUGUGGCGGGUUUCAUUAAUGUGGAGGAUAGAGAGAAGCAACUUAUCGAGAAGGAGAGAUCAGUGUUAACUGAAACAAUAAAUGUCUUCCAGAAAGCUGCACCUCUGAUGGAGGAGAUUUCACUUCUUAUCGAUGCUGUUGCUCAAAUUGACAAGCCAUUUCUUCUGGCUAUAGUGGGCGAGUUCAAUUCUGGUAAAUCUACUGUCAUUAAUGCUCUUCUUGGGGAAAGAUACCUCGCCGAGGGGGUUAUUCCUACAACUAAUGAAAUCACUUUCUUGUGCUACUCUGAGUUGGAUGGCAAGGACAUUCAGCGUUGUGAAAGGCACCCAGACGGGCAACUAAUAUGCUACCUUCCUGCUCCAAUCCUUAAGGAAAUGAAUAUUGUUGAUACACCAGGGACAAAUGUGAUUCUUCAAAGGCAACAACGCCUGACAGAGGAAUUUGUGCCUCGUGCCGAUUUGCUCUUUUUUGUUAUAUCUGCAGAUCGGCCGCUAACAGAGAGUGAGGUUACUUUUCUUCGUUAUACUCAGCAAUGGAAGAAGAAAGCCGUGUUUGUGUUGAACAAGGCUGAUCUUUAUCAGAAUGUGCAAGAGCUAGAGGAAGCAAUUUCAUUCAUCAAAGAGAAUACACAAAAGUUGCUAAACACAGAAGAUGUGACGUUAUUUCCAGUGGCUGCACACUAUAGGGAACUAGCAGUCACUGAUUCAAAUUGGAGAACCAGUAGCUUUUACAAGCUUGAAGACUUCUUGUAUAGUUUUUUAGAUGGAUCAACUAGUAGAGGAAUGGAGAGAAUGAAGCUCAAACUUGGAACACCAAUUGCAAUUGCCGAGCGAAUACUCUCUGCUUGUGAGACUCUUAAUAGAAAAGGCUGUGAGACUGCAGAGCAGGACUUGGCUUCUGCAAAUGAAAUUGUUAAUAGUGUGAAAGAGUAUGUGAUAAAGAUGGAAGAUGAAAGUAUCUCUUGGAGAAGACGAACUUUAUCAAUGAUUGAUGCUACGAAAUCACGGAUUCUAGAGCUCGUAGAAUCUACCUUACAGUUAUCAAAUAUUGAUAUUGUCGCCUCAUUUUUACUCAAGGGGGAAUCAUCCGCCACCUCACUGCCAGCCACUUCAAGGGUUCAAAAUGACAUACUUGAUCCUGCACUUACUGAUGCACAAAACUUGCUUGGAGACUAUGUGGCAUGGUUGCAGUCAAAAAAUGCACGUGAAGGAAGUCUUUACAAGGAAUCGUUCGAGAAAAGAUGGCCAUCUGUUACCUUCUCAGACAAACAUUGUCCACUGGAGACCUAUGAACUGCUGAGAAAGCUAGAUCAACUCAGCUUGAGAGUGAUACAAAACAUCAGUGCCAAUGCUGCUUCCAAACUAUUUGAGCGUGAAAUUCGUGAAGCGUUCUUAGGAACUUUUGGUGGACUCGGAGCAGCCGGUUUGUCAGCUUCACUUCUAACAUCUAUAUUGCCUACCACCUUAGAAGAUCUUCUUGCUCUUGGCCUAUGCUCGGCUGGAGGGUAUAUAGCCAUUUCGAACUUCCCAGCCCGUAGACAAGGAAUAAUAGAAAAGGUGAAAAAGACGGCAGACGUGUUAGGACGAGAGCUUGAAGAUGCAAUGCAGAAGGAUCUUCAAGAAACCACUGAGAACUUGGAAAAGUUUGUAAGAAUUAUCGGGGAGCCUUAUCGAGAUGCUGCACAAAAUAGACUGGACAAACUUCUAGAGGUAAAAGAUGAACUAUCAAAUGUAAGGGGAAGACUUAAGAUGCUGCAAGUUGAAAUUCAAAAUCUCCAUGUAUCAUGACAUCGAUUUAAUUGGUAAAUUUGCCUGAAGCAAACCCUUUGUUAACGGAGGCAAGGCGGGUUGUUUAUGUAAAACGGUGUUAUACCAUAUCGAAGCCCGAGUUCUCGGGGCCUCAAGUGUACAAUAUCUUCAUAAACUAAUUAAAAAAAAACAAGCAUUUUUCCUCCCCAUUCA